ACACUUUAAAAAGGACAAUUGAACUAGUAAUUGGAAUUUGCUUCCGCUUUGUCUUAUUAGAAAAGGCCUGUUUCACAAACAGAAACGGCACUGUAGCUGGCAGCCAACAUGAAGCGCGUUACUCGAGGAAUUAUACUCGUUCUUCUCGCGGUUUUUGCUGUUAUAAAAGCAGAAACAUCGGCUGAGGAGAGUGUUGCACCUCAUGAAAACACUCCCAUUGGGAUCAAUAAUGCUGAAGAUGUAGCUGAAAAUCUUGUUGAAGAUGACAGGGAAGAUGAAAGGAUCCCCACGCAAGAGGACAAAGGUAAAACCUUGAAGCUUGACCAUUUCAAGACAACGUUUUGUUAGAUAAUUUCUCACACUUGGCACUGCAAUUCACUUAAUCUGUAUUAUCAACCCGGUCUUCUAUUCAUAUAUUAAUUCCCGGUGUCCUUUUAGUUACAGGUUUUUUUUUUUAUAGUUUAGAUUGAACAUUCAAAGAAAAAGAAUACUGCUUUCUCUGUUGGAGAAAUUACACAUCGCAAACCUUUUUUGUUCAAAUAGUCCAGACAAUAAGCAUGAAUAAGAACUUAGAAGCAAGUGACUUUUCCAUCGAAAAAAACCAACCAAAUUGUCCACAAAGUUUUGGCGAGCGUCUUCGUGUCGGCUUUUAAUUUUCCGAACAGAAAAAAGUCCUUUAUUGGACUCGCUAAUGUAGCCUCUGCAUGGGCCUUAUAAAAUUAAACCAUGAGAACAAAAGUUCAAUCACUCUUAAAUAGUUCAGUACAAAUUCAAUAAAUCUACUUGUUAGGUGGUUUUUUCCCGUAUGAUCAGUUCAUUAAUUAAUCAUUUAUUCAGUUUGUUGAAUUUUUGUUUUAAUUACUUUCUAUCAUUCAGAAACAGACGACGAAAAUUGGGAAACACAACAAGAUCAAUUCAACGAAGAAUCAGCUGGCGAGGAAAAUGCUGAGUCUGACGAGGAAAACAACUUACUCACAGGUAUUAUUUGAUCGAAAGUGCAGUAUUCUCAACUUUCAUUUGUUCCCACUAAAUUAAAACUUCCUUAAUACGUGAAGUCACUGCGCUUUCGCAGUGACCCCAGGAGAUUGUUCCAGAUCCCCAAUAAUUACAUGGUAUCCCCUUCUCGAUUAAAAGAUGGUUGCGAUUGUAGAACAUAAAAGGCUCCUCUAUGCCUCUAGUGAACCAGUCUUAUUCCUUCAAUUUCAGGUUUGAAGUUUUUGCAGUAAUUUGCUGCACAUAUACUAAAGAGGUUUAACGGGCUUGAUUCGGGGUGCCCUAAUUAAUGUGUGUGUUUUUCGGAGUUCAAAAAGCUCUUUUAUUAUUUUAUUCUCUGUUUACUGAUAACCCAUUUACAGAAGCCGAGGAUGAAGAUGAAGAAGUUUAUGACGAAGAAGAGGAGGACGAAGCAGGACAGGAUGAAGAAGAUUAUACGGAAGAACAAGCUGCUGACGCUGAUGACGAAAACAGCCCUCUCAUGGGUAGGUCAGAAGAGUAGUUGUACUCAGUACGCUUCAUUACCUACCGUACAUACCUUGCCGUACAUUUUGUGGUAAUUCAAAUCAAACAAAACAAUAAUGGCUUUUAUUUACUCUGAGUUUGCUGAUAUAUAUUUAUACACUGAAGAGAUGUCAUGCCUUUUUAAUGUGUGCAUUUUUCUGAGUUGAAAUAGCUCUCUUAUGAUUUUAUUACCUGUUUACUGAUGACUUAUUUACAGAAGCCCAGGAUGAAGUUGAAGAAGUUUAUGACGAAGAAAAGGAGGACGAAGCAGGACAGGAUGAAGAAGAUUAUGAGGAAGAACAAGCUGCUGACGCUGAUGACGAAAACAGCCCUCUCAUGGGUAGGUCAGAAGAGUAGUUGUACUCAGUACGCUUCAUUACCUGCCGUACAUACCUUGAGGUACAUUUUGUGGGUACCGUAUUUCCUCGAAUAAUAGCCGGGGCCGAUUAUUUCUUUUUCCGCACAAAAAGGGGGCGAUUAUUCGAGGGAAGGCGAUUAUUUGAGGGAGGUGAUUAUUUCAAAUAUUGCUCACUGGAAGUAUUUUGUUUUACCAUCCCAUUAAAUAAAAAAAUAAUCACAUCAAAUUAAUUGAACAUAGGCUUUUGAAGUGUUCCAAAUUUAGUUCCUUGAUUAAUAAUCAUAGCUUGAAUCGUCACUGAUCAGUUUUGCUGGAUCACAUUGCACUUACACUUGACAGGGGGGGGGGGGAAUGAUUAUUCGAGGGAGACGAUUAUUUUAAACAUUUCCGUUCAAGGGGGGCGAUUGUUCGACUGAGGGAGGCGUAUAAUCGAGGGACGGCUAUUAUUUGAGGAACGGCAACUUAAAUCAACGGCUUUUAUUUACUCUCAGUUUGUACUAAAGAGGUGUUAUGACCUUACAUUGUAUAUGGUUUAAACAUUUCAAUUAUGAGAUAAGAUUCGGCCAAAUGAGUUAAAUUUGCUGUUAAGUUUCGAUUUUGAAAAAAAAUCUUCUUUAUUCAGUUUAUAUGGUGACUAGAAGAGCCAGAUUGUAUAGCCAAUACUCUUUCCUAUUACAAAAGACAUCAUAGACCUUAUGGGUUUAAGAUUUCUUUAUGUUUUGCUUUCGACUUUAAUCUUUUUUGUUGCUACCACCCGCUAUGUACAUGUACGUGGUGCAAAAAAUUAACUGCUUUCGAAUUUUUCUUUUUUCAAUUGACCCCAUUUCUUCACAGAAUCCAGCGAGGAAGCCGAUGAAAAUGUGCUAAAAAGCAACACGCCGGUUGCGUCACGCUGUGGUAUAUACAACCGAAUCACCCAAAAGUGCUGUUUCGGACGUAAAAUAUCCAAGUUUGUCCCCUGCCGUCCUCGACCGAGAUGCGGCUUAGCCUUCUACAACCCACGGACCCAAAAGUGCUGUAACCGUAGAGUGAUCUCCAAGUUUCUCCCCUGCCGUCCUCGACUGAGAUGCGGUUUUGCCUUCUACAACCCACGGACUCAAAAGUGCUGUAACCGUAGAGUGAUCUCCAGGUUUCUCCCUUGCCGUCCUCGACCGAGAUGCGGUUUAGCCUACUACAACCCACGGACCCAAAAGUGCUGUAACCGUAGAGUGAUCUCCAAGUUUCUCCCCUGCCGUCCUCGACUCUCUACGCCAAAUCGGAAGAUGUUGGGUGCCUGGGUUUUCACGACAUUGGCAUCUCACUAGAGGUCCAAACAGGGGACGGCAGGAGCUGACUCUACGCCAAAACGGAAGAUGUUGGGUGCCUGGGUUUUCAGCUGUAACCGUAGAGUGAUCUCCAGGUUUCUCCCUUGCCGUCCUCGACUGAGAUGCGGUUUUGCCUACUACAACCCACGGACCCAAAAGUGCUGUAACCGUAGAGUGAUCUCCAGGUUUGUCCCCUGCCGUCCGCGACUGAGAUGCGGUUUAGCCUACUACAACCCACGGACCCAUAAGUGCUGU